GCUUGGUUAUUGACACGAGAAGGAGGGACAAUCGUGUCGCCUGGAGUAUCGGGAUUGGCGGUGUCUUGUUCGUAUUAUCGGUGUUAAGACGUAUGUAUGGGCGAAGGAACGCGAGGGCGGCACCUAGAAGGGGACACUGGUCGAACUGCGAACGAUAUUGGACGAAUAUGAGCGGGAGCGGUCAGCCGAACGGGCAGUAUAAUCCGCCACCGCCGGGGAUGUAUCCAAAUGUGCAGCAACCGAACCAAGUGGCCAUUCCACCUAGUUCGGGACCAGGCGGUGUGAACGUUGGUUAUCAAGCGCAACCGCCUGUUGCUCAAUGGAAUGCGCUUGUAUGGCCUGGACCGUGGCAGGUCGCCGGACCGUGGGCAAUGCCCCCAGCGCAAGUACCAUUGGCGCAGCCUGCUCAGCCCCUCAUUGUGCAACCUCCUCCUGCUGCUGCUGCUCCAGUUGCGGUUCCAGUAGCUGCUAUUCCGGCAAUUCCGCCUGCUAAUGGUCAGCUACUGACGAGUAAUCAUCCCUCGGUGCAGAAUGCACACUCGGAGGAGAAUCGACCGAUGGCAGCAGGGAAGGGUCCGUCGGCAAAUGCUUUUCCUGGUCCAGGAAACCGGGCUUAUUUUACCAAGGAAUACAUGGACCUACUGGAGGAGAUUAAAACCACAAAGGUGCUCGACGGAGCAAAGAAGAGAAUUGCUGUGAACAGACGAAGUGCCGGCCUUCAGAUCUCAGGGAAUUCCGGCGAAAGUCACACCGGCCAGCAUCGCUCCAAUGAGAAGAGUGACGAAAUGAAGGUAUGGGUCUCCUCUACUCUCAGGGACUCACUUAAACUCAUUACGAAGAAACUGGAGGAGGUUGAUGCCAAAGCUAGUGUCACGGCGUCCGAGAAGGAGGAACUCAUAAGACUGCGAGCGGAGAAAGCGGCACUUGAAAAAGCUGCAUGUGGUAAAGCCAAGGAGAGCAGUAGUGAAAAAAGGAAGAGAGCUACGGUGGCGCCUGGGGUGCCCACGGUUCAGGCUGGUGUUCCCCAAAGAGUGGUACUAUGAAGGCACGGUCGAAGGGAAGCACGGUGUCGAGAUCAC